GGAGAGAAGCCCCGCCCGCUGGGGAGCCGCGUUCUGUCUCCAUGGAAACGCGGCCGGCCGGCCGGCUGGGGACGACGCUCCGCUGUCUAGCCCGGCUGGGGCAGGAGACUCAGUUGCUGGACCGGGUGAGUUCUGUGCUUGUGAAAAGUGCCCGAUUGAUGGCCCCUGGAGUCCUGUGUUUACUCUUGGAAGAGGUGCAGCAUGGGCAGCAGUCAGGGCCAGAUUAACUCUCCUGUGCACCUGAGGCUAUUAGAUUUUGUGGGGCCCCUGUAUACAAGACUUUUUCCUAAUUGAAAACAAAAUGAUCACAAUUUGGCGUUGAGGCUAUUAACGCUAUACUAAACUUGCCUUUUAAUUAACAUAAAGCCAUUCUGUGAUUACGUUUCAGUCUUAAAACAUGUAGAAUCAUAGCGCUGGAGGGGACCGUGAGAGGUCAUCUAGUCCAGUCCCGUGGUCUCAAGGCAGAACUAAGUAUUAUCUAGACCAUCCCUUACAUGUGGUUGUCCAACCUGCUCUUAAAAAUCCCCAAUGAGGGAGAUUCCACAACCUCUCUAGGCAAUUUAUUCCAGUGCUUAAUCACUCUGACUGGAAAUUUUUCCUAAUGUCCAUCCUAAACUGCCCUUGCUGGUUUAAGCCCAUUUAAGCCCGUUGCUUCUUGUCCCAUCCUCAGAGGUUAAGAAGAACAAUUUUUCUCACUCCUCCUUGUAAUAACCUUUUAUGUAUUUGAAAACUGUAUCAUAUUCCCUCUCAGUCUUCUCUUCUCCAGACUAAACAAACCCAAUUUUUCCAAUCUUUAAUAAUUUUUGUUGCUCUUCUCUGGACUUUCUCCAAUUUGUCCACAUCUUUCCUGAAAUGUGGCACCCAGAACUGGACACAAUACUCCAGUUGAGGCCUAAUCAGCAUGGAGUACAGCAGAAGAAUUAGUUCUCAUGUCUUGCUUACAAUACUCCUACUAAUACAUCCCAGAAUGAUGUUUGCUUUUUUUGCAACAGUGCUACACUGUUGACUCAUAUUUAGCUUGUGAUCCACUAUGACCCCAGAUCCCUUUCCGCAGUACACCUUCCUAGGCAGUCAUUUUCCAUUGUGUAUGUGUGCAGCUGAUUGUUCCUUCCUGAGUGGAGUACUUUGUAUUUGUCCUUAUUGAAUUUCAUCCUAUUUACUUCAGACCAUUUGUCCAGUUUGUCCAGAUCAUUUUGAAUUUUAAUCCUAUCCUCCAAAGCACUUGCAGCCCCUCCCAGCUUGGUGUUGCCUGCAAACUUUAUAAGUAUACUUUGUAUGCCAUUAUCAAAAUCAUUGAUGAAGGUAUUGAACAGAACCAGACCCAGAACCAAUCCCUGUAGGACCCCACUCGUUAUGCCCUUCCAGCAUGACUGUGACCCACUAAUAACUACGCUCUGAGAACAAUUUUCCAACCAGUGUCAUGCGAGACAGUAUCAAAAGCCUUACUAAAGUCAAGAUAUACCACAUCUACUGCUUCCCCUCAUUCACAAGCCUUGUUACCCUAUCAAAGAAAGCUAUCAGAAUGUCCCACUCUCAGGCUGAAAGUGUCAUAAAGAAUAUCAUUCGUGAAAUAGGACAAGAAUGUGCCAUGAAAGGACAAACUGUGUCUGAAAUCUUGGUGGCUUUCAUGGUGAAAGCUGUCGUUUUGGAUCCAAGGAAUGAGUUUAAUGUAGAUAGAACCCUCACAAAAAAUGAUGUGCAAAAACUUAUUAAGCUCUGUGUUGGUAGACUUCUUGACACAGCAAAUCCAUCCCUGGACACUAUUAAGAUGCAAGUUUACUUUGAUAUGAAUUAUACAGACCGAGUUGAGUUACUUAAUGAGCAGCAUCGCAUUCUAGAGGCCAGGCUGGCCCCUGUGAGCAGAGAAAUCACAGAUAAUCGUGCUCGUACACGAGAAGAGCUGGAGAGCAUUUAUCGAAAGAUUGUUAGCUAUGUUCUGCUACGAUCUGGCCUCGGAUCCCCUACAGACAUCAAGGUUGUUAGGGAGGCAACAGCUGCCCUGCAGAGUGUGUUUCCCCAGACAGAGCUGGGUGUUUUUCUCUCUCUCAGCAAGAAGGACAAAGAGCGACAACUGAAAGAACUUACCAUGAUUGUCACAGGAAUUCGGUUAUUCAACAAGGACUGUGGGAAAGGAGGAGAAGGCAUUGAUGACUUGCCAGCUAUUCUGAAUGAAGCCAUCCCAGCAGCCACGCAGCCUAUUGAUGCAGAGCUUCGUGCCUCCCAAGAUCUGGCAUACCGCUACACAGCUGUCUUGGAAAUGAAGCAUGAGAGCCCACACAGAAAUAUAGAAUCUAGAUUAUCUAUGUUAAAGGAAGCACUUUUCAAUGUGAGACAACAUGAAGCCUUCCUCUGCAUCAUUCUGUCUGAUGUGAUCACGUGUGCACGAGAAGUUGAAAUGAUGGACAAGCAGUUUGCAGCACAAAUAGAGCAGUUAAAAAACACUGUUAAAGCAAAGACUGCUGUACCUACGUCACAAGUUUUCCCUAUCUUUCUUGCACUAUCUAACCUCUGGACGAGCUUUCAGGAUGAGAUAUUGCUGCUGAGUUUCCUGACUAAUUUGACAGUCAGUCUACAGCAGUUCUUGGGAAUCCAUGCACAACUCUUUCCUGAUGAUGUGAUGGAGUCGCUUCUCGAAGGAGUGACUGUGAAGAAUGAUGAGCAAAGGAUAAAGGAAACCAUGGGAAUCAAAGUAAAUGUUUCUGAUUUCAAGGAACAAGAGUGGCUUUUUCCAGAAACCACGUCUAAUUUUGAUCAGUUGUUAAUCCAGUACCGUGGGUUUUGUGCUCACACACUUGCUGAAAAAGAUGGCCUCCUCCUCCCAGGAAAUCCUGCUGUUGGAAUUUUGAAACAUAAGGAGAAAUAUUAUGCUUUCAGUUCCAAGGAAUCAGCAUAUGUUUUUGCCCAAAACCCAGAUACAUUCAUUCAGUUGAUUGGAGAAAAAGCAAAAGAAUGUGCUGAACUUAUUCAGCUGCUUGAGCUUCAUCAUCAGUUUGAAUCCCUUGCUCCUUAUUCACAGGUCAGAAGUGGAGACAAACGUUCAAUAAAACCAAUUACCAAAUGUGACAGCAGUACUCAGACUGACACCCAUAUAUUGCCUCCAACUAUUGUGAAGUCGUAUGAGUGGAAUGAAUGGGAACUGAGGAGAAAAGCCAUAAAAUUGGCUAAUUUGCGUAGGAAAUUAACUCACUCAGUGCAGACUAAUCUCAGUCAUAUGAGAAGAGAUAACUCCACCCAAGUGUAUCUGCUAAAGGAUUUUGGCACACAGACUAGACUUGACAAUUCUAGCAACGUACCCAGGCCACAGAUUUUCCUGGCAGGUCUCCGAGGUGGAUCAACCCCAACUACUUGUAUGGUCAAAGUGAACUUAACCAGAGCAGUUGAUGAAACCUAAAUGAAGUUUAAAAGGAGAUAUACUAAAGUGUAGUACAUGUUUUUUUAAAAAUCCAAAUAGAUUUCUGAAGUAAUGUAUAGUAAGCUGAAUUCUAUGUCCAUUGAUUCAAAGAGCUGUUGUUAUACUUCAUGGUUUCUGUUAGGAGCAGCUAAAUGGCAUUAAGUGAUAAUGAUUAUAAAAAGCCUGAAACAUCCAAUUUAAAAAAAGUAGAAUCCAGGCUUGGCUGUAAAUUCUGAAUUAAACUGGCAUUUCUAUGGAA